GCCAAAGUCAAAGUAGAUGAGUAGCCCUUGACAAAACCAGCAAGCUUCUUAUUGUCAGCUAAAAUUCAACGAAAAGAGAACAAAAACUGUGAUCAAAUAAGGAGUCGAAACAACGAUUUGUGUGUAUACAAAAUGAAUUGGCAACUUGCUCUACUUUAUGGUGUAUUUUUAUAUUUUUUGUUGAAUAUCAUUGAUGCAAAAUGUGUGGGACGUCGUUCAGGCACCGCACAACACAUUUGGCGUCAACUAAAGCAGCCUCUUUCAACUGAGACAAGCUCUUGCCAUCGCCUGCAGAUGAUUGGCAGUGACAAUGCAACAGAUGCAGUAAUCAACGGAACAGCAAACAAACAGCCUUCCGUCAUGACUUUGGCCAACUAUGUCUAUCAAUGCGGCAAGCGUCAAGAGAAUGAUUGUAAUGAUGCCAAGGAGAUCAAGUCCCUAGAUGAGGAUGAGCAACAUAUGGCCAUUAUCAAAACUAUUGAUAUGGACAUGACUUAAAAGCCUUGGCUUAGACUUCAUAUAAGCCAACAAAAAUCAAUCUUUUGUAUAUUUUGUUAAGUUAUUAAUACAAAAUAAACUACAGUUAAAAUUUCAAUUUGCAACUAAGCUGCAAGCUAAAAUGUAAA